AUGUCCUGCGGUGACGCGAAGCUCAACCACCCCGCCCCACACUUCAACGAGGUGGCGCUGAUGCCCAACGGCACCUUCAAGAAGGUCGACCUCGCCUCUUACAAGGGCAAGUGGGUGGUGCUCUUCUUCUACCCGAUGGACUUCACCUUCGUGUGCCCCACAGAGAUUUGCCAGUUCUCCGACCAUGUGAAGGAGUUCAACGACAUUCACUGCGAAGUGAUUGCGUGCUCCAUGGACAGCGAGUACUCACACCUGGCGUGGACAAAUAUUGAGCGCAAGAAGGGCGGCCUUGGGGAGAUGAAAAUCCCCAUUAUUGCUGACAAGACGAAGUCCAUCAUGAAGGCUUACGGCGUGCUGAAGGAGGAUGGUGUGGCGUACCGCGGCCUCUUCAUCAUUGACCCCAAGCAGAACCUGCGUCAGAUCACGAUCAACGAUCUUCCGGUUGGUCGUGAUGUGGAGGAGACGCUCCGCCUGGUUAAUGCGUAUCAGUUCGUGGAGCAGCACGGCGAAGUGUGCCCUGCCAACUGGAAGCCUGGGUCCAAGGCGAUGAAGGCAUCUCCCAAUGAGGCCCUGGAGUACUUCAAGGCUCUCUCCUGA